AUGCCAAAAAAAUAUUAUGAAAUAUUAGGGGUUAGCGAAACCGCUACCCAAGAAGAAAUAAAAAAAGCCUACAAGGAUUUAGUCUUGAAGUGGCAUCCGGAUAAAUUUGGUUCUACUGGUCAUUUAGCCCAAAACCGAGAAGUAGCCACGGAAAAAUUUAAGGAAAUUGGAGAGGUAUAUAGAGUUCUUUCUGAUUCUAUGAUAAGAAGUAUGUAUGACGAAUAUGGAGAAAAAUGGAAAGAACAUUUAGAGGCGACAGGUAAUGAAGAAUUCUUUGAAGAUGAUGCUAAUAAAAGAGAACGGUUGGCUCAGACAAAGGUUAUAUUCUAUAUAAACAACGAGUUAAGUUUACAUUGGAAGUUAGAAGAAGAAGAUUUGGAUCCUAAACUAUGGAUUCCUCAUCAUGAUUGA